GUAGUCACUCUAUCUGUUAAAAACAUCAGCUAAAUAUUCCUCAACAAAUGGUAAUGGUUAAGUCAUUUAUCGCCAGCCGACUCCAAUUUGCGGUUCGUGCUUGAUUUUUUCCCUGGGACAAACCCUGAGAUGAUCCCGCACCUAAGUUGCUCCAAAGAGAACAGUUUAAGCAUUUCCCAGAGAUCUAGGUGCAUGUUUUUGGAAACAUUACGCUUUCGAAUGUGAUAAACAGUCCUGCAAUUUCUUGUUGAACACCUGUGGUAGACUUUAUCUACAACUCUUGAGUUGUAAAUAAAGUCUCAGUCUUCACUGAAAAUUCUAUCACAACCAGAAAUAUUUGGUUAAAUUCUUCCCGGAUUGGGACUUUCCUCCAUCUUGAGUAUUUCCUAUUCUUAAAUUAUUUUAAAAUGCAGAAAUGUUAGAUAAGGCCUGUAUCUAUUUACACCUUGCUUUCUUUUUUUAAAGAUCGGGCCAGAGCUGAGGGAAAUUCUGCUAUUUUAAGCAUUUUGAAUGACUGCAUAGAGGAUCUUUCCUUGCUUCACGAUAAUAUUUUAAUAGUGUGGAUGCUUAACAAUCGUACAUGGUUACAGGUUUAUGGAAAAUAAAAGACAAUAAACAGCGAUGCUGUUUUCUGGUUGGAGAAUGAUAUCGAAUUUCGAUAAGACUUUCAAGCGAGAAAAAAAAAGUCAUUGGGAGUUACCUGCCUUGAAUAUAACUUUCAUUUAUUUAUGAUUUCGAUCAAUACACGAAAUCGUAUUAUUGCGACAUCGUGUGUAACGAUUGAAUAACAAUGUGUAUAUAUAAAUAAAUAAAAAACUCGGUUGCUUACCAACUCCUCUUGUAACCACAUUAUUAGUGUCUCGUUCCUGAACUAUAACAGAAAGUGCUGCUCCCCAACGGAGAUCUCAGUGACAUCCAUGGCAGAUGAUCAAACCGGUGCAGUUCUUGGCUGUGUGGCUGAAGAAAUUUCUCAGUUAAAGAAACAUCAUGAAUCAAAGUGCAAAAUAAUAGAAUCUGUUGGAGACUUUGCAUACAUUAUUACUAUCCAGCUCCAAAUAAAGAAUUUGUCACUGAAAUUUCAAUUAACAAAGCAAUAUCCUGAUGUCGUACCUGCAAUAAUUCCAACAUCAAACAUUCUUACAAAUGUUCAAAAUUCACAACUAUCAAAAUAUUUAAUGGAAAAGUCUGAGGAAUUUGUUGGUAACCCUAUGAUACAGAACUUGAUUGGUGCCUGUCUUCAGUGGGUGACAGAGAAUCAAAAUGAUAUAACAGAGCCUGUCAAAGAAAAAGGUAAACCAACUGCAAAACAUUCAAAGAAAAAACGAAGUUUAAAAAAUGAAGAAGAUAAAAUUAUUGAUAAGAAGCCAGCAAUGAAAACAGCUUCUGAUGUAAUUUCUAGAAUUCUAUGGGAUGAGAACUUAAAAUCUGAAGAUUUUAUUGUUGCUUAUAUGGAUCGUUUUGUGGGAAUUAUUGAGAAAUCUUUUGACAGUUUUUCUUGGGAAGAUAUUUCAUCAGUUGAUUAUUAUACAUUGGCCAUUCCAAAACACAGAAUAUUCUAUUUUAAAUACAAGACAAUAAAAGUUUGGGAUAAAGUUCAGCGUCUUGAUUUGGUUUUUGGCUCAACAGGAAGUAAAAUGACAAUAACAGAUAUAGUAUCUAAUUAUGAAGAACAACUGAAACAUGAUAUGGAAGAAAAUUUGGUCUUUGAAUCAGAUUCUCGAUAUGAAAUGCCAAGUGACCCCAACUUUUUCUGUGAUGAUGAAUUCUGUGCAAAAAUUACACAGCCCAAUUUUUUUGUGGCAUUGAGAAUAACUAAUGAAGAAAUCUUGAAAACCGUUGCAUGGAUGCAAGAAGAUAUCUUAAAGAGUAAACCAACCUACUUUGACUGUUUCAUCCCACCUGUCUGUCUGCAUCUAACACUAUGCAUGUUGCGUCUUGACCACACCCAUCAAAUUGCUGAUGCUACAAAUUUGUUAAAAAAUCUACAAGAGGAAUUUUCUAAAACAGUUGCUGACUGCAAUCCAAUUAGAAUUAGAAACAUUUACCAUUUUUCCCACCGUGUUGUCUAUGGUUGCAUCAAAAUCCCAGAAGAACUCACAGACCUUGUUCAGAAACUCAAAUGUUACUUUUAUGAAGAGAAAUUGUUGACGGACAUAAACAAGAAUUUUGUACCCCAUAUGACUAUAAUGAAACUCACUCGUCAAGUUAGCAAGCUGACUGAAUCAAAUCAGAUUGAUCCUUCCAUCUAUGAACAAUAUAUGAACUGUGAUUUUGGUGAGCAGGUUGUUGACAACUUAUAUUUGUGUUCCACAGACAAAAUCCGCCAAGAGGAUGGGUUUUAUAUGUCAACUAUCAACCUAAAAUUGUAAAUACGGUGGAAGAUUACUUUGGUUCCAUUCAUAUUCAUUUUGUUUGCAAGUAGAUUCAACAGUGAUGAUAACAACAAGGCUACAACUGAAACUAUGAUAUAUGUAUGUAUAUGAAUGUGUGUAUGUAUAUAUAUAUAUGUAUAUAUAUAUAAAUCAGAUUAAUGGGAAUUCAGAAAUUUAAGCAAUUAUCUCAGCACUUCUGUAAAUACUGUAUCAAAGAGUACACAGAAAUGUAUGACAAAAUGAGUAUGGAUCACAUGUAAUAUGUUGUAAUACUAUGAAUUCAUUAUUUAUAUUUAUAAUUUGUCUAAACCACAUAGCUUUGAAAUGUUUAUAAUGAAGGAAUAAAUGUAAUACCAACAC